GUCAUGAUGCCGAUGUCACAUCGAAAGGGGCGAACGAUUUUCCAGAUGUACUUUCGAUCUACUUUUUCGAAUAAAUAGAUAUAUAGAUAAAUGAAAGAAAAAGAUAGAGGAGUAUCGAAACGCAACGGAGUGUGUUGUAUUAUCCUUGACAAAAAAAAGGAAAAAGAAAGAAGAAAAAAAAACGUAGAAGAAAAAAAAGUAAAGUUACACGUGGACCUUGCAUUUUAUCGGCUUAAACGAGUCUCGCCGCGUUGAAGGUAGCACCGCCAUUUUAUCGAUGCCGACGAAUGUCGGAUGCUCGUCGCUCCAAGUUCACGGCCCGUUAAAGAUACAUACGUGUACCUACGCGAGAAAAAGAAAAACAAGAAGAGAAGGUGGAGGAGGACGAGGAGGACGAGGAGGAGAUUACCACGUAUAAAGAAGCAGCAAUGUCGACGAGUCUGCAACACUUUUUGAUUGUCCGCCAUCGACAAAGCUUCUCGCGUUCGAGUUUUCUCUUCUUCUUCUUCUUCUUCUUCUUCUUCUUUUUCUUCUUCUUUUUCUAUAUUUCUUUGUUGUCAACGUCAUUGUUGUUGUGCUUCCAACCCCUUCGAGAGAAGAUGGACGUUCCUUCGUUCCUCGUAAUUUGCACGCUUCUUGGAACUUUCUCGCGAACUGUCGCCAUCGAAUAUAAUAAUCUGGCAGAUGUCCCGUGCGGUCGUGGGGAAAGCGGAACUCGGACGGCCAGAAUCGUUGGAGGUCAAAACGCGAUACCACGAGAGUUUCCUUGGUUGGUUAGCAUCACGAGAAAAGGUGGCCACUUUUGCGGUGGUACUAUACUCAAUUCAAGAUUCAUUCUCACCGCCGCUCAUUGUUUGUGCUCGGGUACGUCGACAAUUCCGAUACGUCAAUUACGUGUGACCCUCGGCGAGUAUGACUUGAAAGGCCCGGAAACGCCAGCGGCGAGAGAGGAAAGUGUCAUUAACGCGAUGGUGCAUCCCGGUCACAGGUGUGGCCGAUACGUCGACGACAUCGCCCUGUUAGAAUUGUCGAGGCCGAUUACCUGGUCGGAAAGCGUGAAACCCGCGUGUUUGCCAGCGGCAUCAGGAAAGCCAGGGUACAGAGCUUUUGGUGGUGAGAACGCAGUGGCCGCUGGUUGGGGCUGGCUCGGUGAAGACAGAUCUAGAUACAAAAGAGCGGACGUGAUGCAGAAAGUAAGCGUUCGAGUGGUAGAGAACAGCAUUUGCCGAGAAUGGUACGCCAGUCAAGGAAAGUCCACACGCGUAGAAUCGCAACAAAUGUGUGCUGGUCAUGAGGAAGGUGGUCGAGACACUUGUUGGGCUGACAGUGGUGGUCCUCUUAUGGUCGGAAAUCAUCCUGAUGGUAGCAUGAUGGUCGUAGGUGUAGUUUCUUCUGGAGUAGGUUGUGCCAGACCUCGUCUUCCUGGUAUUUACACGAGAGUCUCGGAAUAUGUAACAUGGAUCACACAACAAAUCACGUUAAAACGAUGA